UUCUGUAGAGGGCAGUAUUACUAUUAGACUUCGCACGUAUGUCUGUAUAAUUUUCAGAGUUUACGCAUGUGUUGAUGAUCGGAGCAAUCGGAGGAGCAGAACCCCAUCCUCUGCCUAAGAUUGUAAUUAACAAUUAUGUUAAUGUCAUGAUGAUUGCAUUCAAAGUUACAAAGGCUCUCAUUUGCCAGGUGAAGAUCAAUCAUUUAAAAAGACAUCUACUGCUUGCAACAACGAAUCACAGAUGCCAACACACAAAGAGUAAUUCAUAUAAACUACUCAGUUACAGGCCACCUGAUUGGGCAAGCCACCUUCAAAUGAUUCCAUUAGUGAAAGUUAAGGUAAUUAACAAUUAUGUUAAUGUCAUGAUGAUUGCAUUCAAAGUAAAGGCUCUAACUUGCCAGGUGAAGAUCAAUCAUUUAAAAAGACAUCUACUGCUUGCAACAACGAAUCACAGAUGCCAACAUACAAAGAGUGAAGCCUUAGCAACUGGUUGCCAAGCAGUAAUAACAUGUGGUGGAGUUCAGUCAAACCAUUGUCGCACAACAGCAGUUGCAGCUAAACAACUUAGUAUUGAAACCCAUCUUCUACUCAGGUCCAGAGAGGAAAAGAGUAUUAAAGCAUAUUCGAUUCCUAUUGGUGGGUCCAAUGUUGUUGGUCUCCAUGGUUACUUGUGUGGCUGGCAAGAACUCUUAGAACAGGGAGUGACUGACAGGUUUGAUGAUGUCAUACUAACUGUAGGCAGUGGUGGAACAGCAGCUGGUGUUGCUAUUGGGAACUUCCUUACUGGAUCCCAUCUCAGGGUGCAUGCCUUUGCUGUGUGUGACACUGCGGAAUAUUUUCACUCUCAUAUCAAUGAGACUCUCAACAGUAUUGGUUUAGGUGACACGGUGAGGUCACAUGACAUCAUCAACAUCCAUGAGGGAGCAAAAGGACUAGGAUACGGCAUUUCAAAACCAGAGGAAUUCGAAUUCAUUAAAACAGUAGCCCAGCAGACUAGUAUUUUGCUUGACCACACAUACACUGUUAAAUCAGCACUAGCACUGACCAACGAGCUCAGGAAACACAGGUCAAAGUUCAAAGGCAGCCGAAUACUCUUUCUACAUUCAGGUGGAAUAUUUAGCAUGUUUGAUGGGCGGCUAGGAGAUGUUCAGAUGCAGUCAGCUGGAGAAACAUUGGUACAGAACUGGAUGAACCCUGAAGAUGAACCAACUAUUGUAUGAUGAUACAUUCAUGAGGGCAGCCUUCAUUAUUAUUAUUAUUACCAUUAACCAUUCUGUAUUCAGAGCAAGUGAUCAUCAUUGACAUAGACAUAUUUUAACAAAAAUUUGAAUUAUUAUUUUAAACUUAGAAUUAAAGAAAGCCAAAUAGAAUAUGGAAAUGAUGCUCAUAUC